UUUGCUGGCAUCUUGGUGGUAAGAAUAUACAUGUACAUGGUGUAAUGGAGAAAAUGGAAAACAAAAAUCUGAAUAAUUCUGCAGUUGACAUUCCAGGCUAAAGAAAGAGUCAGUUCAAGGCAAUAUUGGUUAGGUUUGCCAGUCAAACCAAUACCAUUGAUGUGAGCAGCGACUCUUCAAGACUAGCAGCUGGUGCAAGGCUUCGUCAAGUUGUGAUUAUACAGUUAAGAUAUGGUCAACAGAGAGUAAGGUUAUUGUUCAUUGGUCGAUGUUUUUCCUAAAACCAACGAUAUUAUAUUUGCCUCAACACUUUGUUGGUUCUCAUGGCAACCAGGCCAAGGACAGGUUAUUGCUGUGCCUGUUGGUAAUGGUGUGAGACUGUUAAAGAGAGAGAGCUGGAACUGCAUUCAAACAAUCAAUGCAAGAUGGAAGGAAUGAAAAGUUGAUCAUGUGAUGUGUUGGUCUCCAUUUGGGACAAUGUUUGCUGUGGGCAGUUCUGAUGGACGUAUCUCAAUAUAUGGAGGAUGGCCUCAACCUUUACUCAUCUCAAGGCACGGUGUUGGGUCUCAUGUUGUCUCCUCAUUGUGUUGGGAUCCAAAGACUAAAGACUCAUUCCAUCCUCUUCUCUUCUCCUCUUCAUCUGGUCACAUUGGGGCCUUACCCCACCACUGGGUCUAUCCUCAGCGAGAGAAGGAGGGAGGGAAGGAGAGUAUAGCUGGAACUAACAAUACUGCACCAGCUAACACAGGAAAGGCUCCAGCAGCUGAACCUGAUGAUCCUUUGUUUGAUGAUAGUCUUUUAUUAGAAGGUAUACCUCCUGAUAGUAUAUUCAAUGAUGAAGAAGAUGCUCAAAAACUUGCUAACUGUAGACCUGCCCCCUCUCACUCCCCUCCGCCCCUCCCUCCUCCUGUCACGACAAGAACGACCAAUCAGAUUAGCGAUAAGCAUAUCCAUGACGACGACAGUGAAGUAGCUCCGCCCACUAAAAGACGGAAUGUUGUUUUGAGUGACACUGAGGAGGAGAGACUGGAUCCUUUGUCUCCUGUGAUAUCAUCUACUAUUGAUACUGGACUCCUCCUCCUCUUGUUUCCUCUCUCCUCCCUCCUCCUCCUCCUCUUGAACACUAUCAUGAGAUAUUCCAACCAUCAGCCACUCCCAGUCACCUCACCAAUCGCUUCAUGGUAUACUAAUACAUGUACAUGUACACUAAUGCAUGUACAUGUACACUAAUACAUGUACAU